AUGAGGUUCCGCACCAAGCAUUCGCCUCUCCUGCUCCUGCUGCUGCCGUCGCUGGCUGCUGGUCUCGCGGCCAAGUCUGGCGGCACUACUGCAGAGCGGGAGGAUGCGUCCGUUGCGUCCCUGCUCGACUCCGACGAUGGCGCGAAAUCCCGAUCACGCCUCUCCACAAAGGACGCCCCGUUCGAUGGCAAGGACGGCAAGCCCCAUCUCGGCCCUUUCGUCGAGACGGACGGCACCGCAACCGACUCUGACAACAACGGCCUGCCACCCCUCAAGGGCCGGCCUCACGAUCCGACCGUAGUAGACGGCAAGAAGAUUCCCGAGUCCAAUGACGGCGUAAUGUUCGACAAGAACCGCGAGCGCCCGCAAGGCUCAACGGGCACCGAGGGCGGUGUGACGGAGAAGUCGGCCGCUCGAAAGGCCCAAGAGGGCAAGACGGGCGAAAAGACGUUUGCGCAGCCGGAGGCUCCCAAGGAGAAGCCCCCUAUGCCACAUAGCGAGGAGCAGAAGCUGGGCAAGGACGGCACCAAGGAGAAGGGAAAGGACAAGACCAAGGCCAAGUCGUCGUCAGACAAGGUGGAGGGCAGCACAGACUACACGGGCCUCGACAAGCCCGAAGACCUUCCAGGCAAGCACCGCGACAAGACACCACUGCCCGACUCUGUCAAAGAAUCCCCUCUCGAACCCGAAAAGGUCGCUCCAAUCUCAACAGGAAAGACCAAGACCACGCCACAAGAUGAGGAAGGCAUUAUUCAGCCGUUUCACUCUUUCGUCCUGUCGUUUACCAUGAUCCUCGUCUCUGAGGUAGGCGACAAGACAUUCCUGGUGGCGGCGCUCAUGGCCAUGAAGCACGACCGCAUGGUGGUGUUCUCGGCGGCCUUUGGGGCUUUGCUCGUCAUGACGGUCCUGUCUGCCGUUCUUGGCCACGCCGUGCCGACAUUAAUCCCCAAGCGACUGACCAGCUUCCUCGCUGCCGGUCUCUUCCUGAUCUUCGGCGCCAAGCUCCUUCGCGAGGGCAUGAAGAUGGAUCCGAACGAAGGCGUCUCGGCGGAGAUGCAUGAGGUGGAGCAGGAGCUCGCCGAGAAGGAAAAGGAACUCGGUCGCAGCCGCCACGACAUGUCGCCGCACGCCCUGGAGAUGGGCCUCAACGGCAGGAGCUCGAGGGCCAAGGGUCGCUUCCCUUCGCCCCCACGGUCACCGUCGCAGUCUCCCACGCGCAGCCCAACACGCAGCGGUGGAUCCAUCCAAAAUAUUGUUCACGGCGUCAGCAACCUGUGCUCCUUGCUCCUGAGCCCUGCGUGGGUGCAGACCUUUGCCAUGACGUUUCUGGGCGAGUGGGGUGACCGAAGCCAGAUCGCGACAAUUGCCAUGGCGGCAGGCCAGGACUACUGGUGGGUGACACUGGGAGCAACUUGCGGCCAUGCCAUCUGCACGGGAGUGGCUGUCCUCGGCGGCCGCGCCAUCGCGGGCCGGGUCAGCCUGAAAGUUGUAACUGUGGGCGGCGCUAUUGCAUUCCUACUCUUCGCCUUUAUCUAUUUCAUCGAGGCCUUGCACGGGUAG